AUGGCCGUUGCUAUCGCACUCUGGAGUCUUGCCGUGAAGCCCGGUGGGCCCAUUGAGAUCCGUACGCCGAGCGACAUCAGGAUCACGAACGUCGCCCUUGGGGACUCGCUCGACGAUGAGACUGGCCGUACCAGUGUCAAGCUCGUUUAUCAUACUCCUUCCGCUCACGACGAGGAUGAGGACGAGGAUGAGGACGAGGAAAAGAAGCUGGACGAUGUGCAUAUGACCGUGCUUUGCUCGCUCACCCCUGGCAAGAUUGAGCAGGCGACUGUUGAUGUGGUUCUUGAGCAAGAUGAGCAGUACGUUUUCGAGCUUUCUGGCAAAAACACCGUAUAUCUCACUGGUAACUACAUAGACCAAACUCCGGAUCAACCUCCGUACAGCGAUGAGUCCGAAGAAGAAGAUUAUGACCUUCGUGAGGUCAGCUCUGACGUUGAGGUCGACGUUGAGGAGGUGGAAAUCCUGAGCGACAAUGAAGGGCGUUUCGAGGAAGUUAUCGAAGGCAUUGAAGAGAUCGUGACAGCGGAAGUGGGAAAGAAGCGCCCUCGCGAGUCGAUGGAGGCCGAAGGCGAGCUGACCAAGUCGCAGAAGAAGAAGCAGAAGAAGCAGAAGGCUGAGAGCGGCAAGGCUGUCCCCGCUGAUGGCGAGGAGUCGACCCCUGCGAAGGUGCAUGGCAAGGAGAAGAAGGAAGGUGCGAAGGUGAAUAAGGAAAAGAAGGAAGGUGCGAAGGAGCAUGUGGAAAAGAAGGAAGGUGCGAAGGAGGACAAGGAGAAAAAGGAGAAGUCCACGAAGGCUAAAGCCUCGGAGAAGACACUGACGGGUGGAGUGAAGAUCAGAGAUCACAAGGUUGGCUCCGGGCCUGCGGCCAAAAAGGGCGACACGGUCCACAUGCGCUACAUUGGCAAGCUGGAGAACGGCCAGGAGUUCGAUUCGAGCAAGACGGGACCACCUCUGCUAAAGUGUGACCCUGCACAGUUCAAGUUCCGCCUCGGAAAGGGCGAGGUCAUCAAAGGUUGGGACGUUGGCAUUGAGGGAAUGCAGAUUGGCGGGGAGCGACUACUCACAAUCCCGUCCAAGAUGGCAUAUGGCAACAAGAAGCAGCCAGGUAUCCCGGCCAAUUCGACGCUCAUCUUCGAGGUGAAGCUCCUCAAAAUCACCUAA